AGAGAGAGAGAGGGAGAGAGAGAAAGAAAACGGCCGCUGGACUCCAUUACGCAAAACCCUUCAGGAGCUCCGCUGCUGGACUUUUCCUUUUUCGGGAACCUUCCUCAUGAUAGGAUUAAAUACGCGGUCGAAGGAAAGAAAACGCGUCACCUGUUGAAGUUCUGGGGACUGAAGUCGUGUUUUGCGGAUUUGUUUCGGCGUAUUUGUGAAGGAUGGCGUUGGAUGGUAUACGGAUGCCGGACGGCUGCUACGCGGAUGGGACCUGGGAGCUGAAGAUGAACGUCACUGACCUCAACAGGGACGUGUCUCUCAGAGUCACCGGGGAGAUCCACAUCGGCGGUGUGAUGCUCAAACUCGUGGAGAAACUCGAUGUGAAGAAGGACUGGUCAGAUCACGCGCUGUGGUGGGAGAAGAAGAAGACCUGGCUGCUAAAGACGCACUGGACGCUGGAUAAAUACGGCAUUCAGGCCGACGCCAGGCUGCUCUUCACGCCGCAGCACAAGCUGUUACGCCUGCAGCUGCCCAACAUGAAGCACAUGAGGGUGAAGGUCAACUUCUCUGACCGCGUCUUCAAGGCCGUGUCCGACAUCUGCAAAACCUUCAACAUCCGGCAUCCUGAGGAGCUGUCCUUACUCCGCAAGCCCCGCGACCCCAAGAAGAAGAAGAAAAAGCUGGAGGAGGCAGAGGAGGAGGCGCUGGAGCUGGAAGGACCUCUGCUCACUCCUGGAUCAGCCUCUGAGAUACUAUACAUUGGACCAGUAAAAGGAAGCAUCUAUUCUAGUCCUGGACUUUACAGCAAGACCAUGACCCCUACCUAUGACUCUCGGGACGGCAGCCCUCUGUCCCCCACCUCAGCGUGGUUCGGAGACAGUCCUCUGUCAGAAGGCAAUCCCAGCAUCCUCGCUGUCAGCCAGCCCAUCACUUCACCUGACAUCCUGCUCAAGAUGUACAAACCACAGUCCCUCCUGGACAAGGCCAAGAUCAACCAGGGGUGGCUGGACUCCUCCAGAUCUCUGAUGGAGCAGGAUGUGAAGGAGAACGAGGUUCUUCUGCUCCGGUUCAAGUAUCACAGCUUCUUUGACCUCAACCCAAAGUAUGAUGCCAUCAGGGUGAACCAGCUGUAUGAGCAGGGCAAGUGGGCCAUCCUGCUGGAGGAGAUCGAAUGCACCGAGGAGGAGAUGAUGAUGUUCGCCGCCCUGCAGUACCACAUCAACAAGCUGUCCAUCAUGUCUUCAGACAAUCACUUGAACAACAGUGAGAAGGAGAUCGAUGAGGUUGAUGCGGCUCUGUCAGAUCUGGAGAUCACUCUGGAGGGAGGAAAGACGUCCAACACGCUGGGUGACAUCACAUCCAUUCCUGAACUGGCUGACUAUGUGAAAGUCUUCAAACCAAAGAAACUGACUCUGAAAGGACACAAGCAGUACUGGUGCACGUUCAAGGACAUCACCGUCUCCUGCUACAAGAGCCGUGAGGAGGCCCAGGGCACGCCGGCGCACCAGAUGAACCUGAGAGGCUGUGAAGUCACACCAGAUGUCAACAUUUCUGCUCAGAAAUUCAACAUCAAGCUGCUAAUUCCUGUAGCAGAUGGUAUGAAUGAGAUCUGGCUGCGCUGUGAUACUGAGAGGCAGUACGCUCAGUGGAUGGCUGCUUGCCGUUUGGCCUCCAAAGGGAAGACGAUGGCAGACAGUUCCUACAACUUGGAGGUCCAGAACAUUCUGUCCUUCCUGAAGAUGCAGCACAUGAAUCCUGAUCCUCAGAUCAUAGAGCCCAUCACCACCGACAUCAACCCUGAGUGUCUGGUGUCUCCACGAUACCUGAAGAAGUACAAGAACAAGCAGCCAGGCUUUGUCAGGGACUUGAUUUCGGCCCGUAUUCUGGAAGCCCAUCAGAACGUGGCACAGAUGAGCCUCAUCGAGGCUAAGAUGCGCUUCAUACAGGCCUGGCAGUCCUUGCCCGAGUUUGGAGUCACACACUUUCUUGCCAAGUUCCAGGGGGGCAAGAAAGACGAGCUGAUUGGCAUCACCUACAACAGACUGAUCCGCAUGGACGCCGGCACAGGAGACGCCAUCAAGACCUGGCGCUUCAGCAACAUGAAGCAGUGGAACGUCAACUGGGAGAUUAAGAUGGUGACGGUGGAGUUUGCGGACGAGCCCAGUCUGGCCUUCAUCUGUGCCGAGGUGGACUGUAAAGUGGUGCACGAGUUCAUCGGCGGCUACAUCUUCCUGUCCACGCGUGCCAAGGACCAGAACGAGUCUCUAGACGAGGAGAUGUUCUACAAGCUGACCAGCGGCUGGAUCUGAGCGCCGCAAAACACUCUCUCUGACCCCUCACACUUCUGCUUCUGCUUCUCUUUUAACCUCUCCAUCGUGGCCACAUCAUAAUAUUUUCUUUUUUAAUUCUGUUUCUGCGCAUGAAGGUGUUCACAACACGAGCAGAAGUGCUGACCGAGGACAGUUUCCUGCUUCCCUCCAGAGUUUGAGAUGAAGCACUAGUAGCUGACCGCUAUAUAUGACCUGUAUCUAUGACCUUUGACCCUCAGUAGAAAUACGCCAGCUUUGUGCACCGCAGAAAUGCCAAUUAUUUAUUUGUCACUAAUUUAGGUGGCGUCUCUCUGGGUAUCUGCCGAAUGUGCGGUGCUCGUCUGUACUCUAAUGAUAACGGUUUAACUCAUUAAAGAGAGGUCACAGAGACACUAGAAGGAAAUGUUACUCUAGCUUUACCGCUGCUACAGGAGAUGACACUACACGUCAGAAACACAGUCCGUCUGGUCUUUCUCAGCACUUGGAAGAGAAGCUGUGGCACUACAGCACUACAUUACAUGUCAUGAGACACAGAUGGUUUUACACUAUGAAGGAGAGUCGUCCACAGUCUGCUUCUGAAGGUCACUGGUUUCCUGUUAUAGGAAGCUUCUUUUUAUUAUGAAGUCUGUUAUUUUAUUCAUCACUCUUUAUUGUGAACCAGUAUAGUAUUACUCAAAAGUGUGUCUUUAACACGCACCAGUGAUAGGUCACAAACCAUGCCAUUUCCUUUGUUUUUGUUUUCUUUCCAAAAUGAAGGAUCGCUUAAUGAAGUAUUAGAGUUGUUUUGUAUCUAAUAUAAAAAAAAACACAGGUUUGAAAAAAAAAAAAAAAACAUUGUACAGUUAUUUUGUUGCUGCUUUUUUCUGUCAUUUUUGGAAGUGUAUUAUUUCCAGAAGAGGGGAAAAAAGCCAUUUUUUGACAUUUAUGGAUUGGUGCCUGACGAUCUUAAGGACUUUUAGAAAUAUAUAUAUAAGUGCAAGAAGUCUGCAGCUCCAGGCAGGAAUGAAAGUAUCUUUAUAUCUCUGAUGAGAAGGAGCUUCUGCUGGUUUUAGUUUGUUCUGCCUUAACAGAUGAAUAUUCACACUGCAGGAGCUAAUGAAGCGCCGCAGAAUCACUCUUUCUGUGCCUUUUAACCCAUCACUUCUCGUCAGUAUUGUCUCCUCAUGUUUCUCCGUAUGAAGGUGGUUUCAGAGCCAGAAAUGAAGAUUAUUAUUUGUGUUUAUUUGGUUUGUUUUUCUCAGAUGCCAGCAGUGCGUUGCAUGGCCUGCUGUUUUAAGAUUGUAAAAAUGCCAUUUACCUGACAAAUAAAUAAAUAAAACCUUUUUAUUUUAAAA